AUGUUUGUUGGAUUUAUAUCAAAUGAUAUUGUAAAAGAUAUCGAUUAUAUUAUAAUAACAGAUAGUGAUAUUAUUCCAUUAAAUAGUAAUAAUUAUGUAAUAAAAAAUGGUACACAUGGAUUUAUUUAUAAUGCAUUUUGUUGUGGUACAUUUAAACGACGAGAAAAAACUUAUCGUAUGUUUCCAAUGUGUCAUAUAUGUCUUUCAAAACAACUUUGGCGUAAUUUAGUUCUUGAAUCUACACAACGAAAAGAACUUUUACAUUCUAAUUUAUCUUCUUUGAAUACUAUUCUUCUUUCUAAUAAAGCUCCAUUUUCAUUUGAUACAAUAAGUCUUUAUACACGACAUGAAUUUGGUCAAAUAUAUGAUACAAAUAUGAAAAAAGGUGAUCCCGCAUGGUUUAUGGAUCAAAUUUAUUCUUCAAUGUUAUUACAUGACUAUUGUGAAAAACAUUCGAAUAUUAUAAUUGAUAAAUUUCAUGGACCAUCAGCUCGUCUUGAUUCAGGUUUUUCACCACAAGCUUGGAAACUAGAACAAUUAAAAAGAUAUGAUGAUGCACAUCUUAUACAUGAUGAAAUAUUUUCUUCAUAUCAAUAUUCAAUGUUCAAAAAUUUAUUAUUUUAUAUAUUUAACUCAUCAUUAGUCAAUGAUUUUGAUUUAUAUUAUAAAGAAUUUCUUCUAACUUUACAAAAUAAAACAGAAGUUCAUUGA